CUUGGAAGUGGAGAGCCUUUAGAUAGAGAAGAAGAAGAAAGAUAUGCUCUGACACACGUCAUGAACGCGUCUAAGCAACGCGUAGAAUCCGGAUAUUAUUUUUAAUAAUAUAAUUCCCUACAAUAUCUCAUUCUCGUCCGUAUCCUCUAAAGUUAACCCAGUAAUUGAUUAUAAUAAUAAUAAACAAAAAAAAUUCUUACUCUUUAUUUGAGGCGCUUUUUAGUUCCUUUAUAUAUCUUCGAUUUUCACAAUCUCUCUCUCACUUUUCAUUGUUGCUGCUUGCAUCAUCCUUAACAAAACUCUGUAAGCUCUCUGCCUCCUUGUUUUCUUCUUCGUUAUCCACGGUAUAAUGUGCAUGAAUGUGUUUUUGGGUGCGUUUUUUUUCUUUUUUUCUCUCCUGGUAGGAUUGUUUCCUUUGGUUCAAUUUGAAUCUGUCGAUCCUGCUUUUGGUGUUUUAUUCCGGUAUGUUUGGUUGUUGAUCGCGAUGGGAUUUGAUGUUUUUCUACCGUUACGUUUAGUUUCAUUGUUAAUUGUGGAUGCUCUAAUGUGUUAAUGUGUGAUCUUGAUCGGGGAUUGAUGUGUACGAAAAUUUUGGAAAUUGCCUCGUUUUGUGUUCUGAUCUUUGCUGGUGAUUGUUGAUUUGUUGACCACCCGAGGAGGAAUGCAUGAAACAAACUUUAUUUUGCUUUCAAGAUUUUUGAUCUGUACUUCAUCAAUCUAGUUAAUUUCUUUUUAUUAUUAUUACCUAUGAGAUCUUUCGUUUCUCCAGAUUUGGGGAUAUUUGAUAGGAAUUAACUGUCCUGCAUUCUUUCUAAUAUGCUUGUGAGGGAAUGGUAAGCUGAGGGUAUUCAGAAUUUCUCCUUAUGUGAGUGCUUGGAUCUUAUGUUUCUUUGCGAUAUGAUGAUAGAUGAUCUAUUCAGGUUUCAUAGUAGUAUUAAUGUAAUAUUUUCAUGUGGACCUCUUGGAAGCUAUUAGGAUGUCUAUAUCUUAAUUAUGGAUUAUUUGUAUUUGUUCUUCCCUCCUCUAGAAUUCUCGUCUACAGUUUAUGAUACCUCGUUCUGCUUCUACUUCUCAAUUCGGGUGUUUAAAUAUGAUUCCUGACAUUAUAAAUGAUAGCAAGUGUUCUCCCAGAUUAUAUAUAUUAACGUUUUAAGCAUCUAUAGUAGUGUACUCAUCAUGUUUCUGGUGAAAAUUUGUGUUUAUAUACCUAAAUUGUGCGAAGUACACUGCAUAAGUUGGUCAAUUGGUGUUUGUGUUGUCCUGAGGAAUUACUGCCUUUCAUCGCUUCUCCCUAUUUGUGGUGAAUGAUUUUAUCUUAGUUUCUUGUUGGAGAGCAAAAAUAAUUGAUAGCUUCACUGAUUGAGUAAUUCUGCCAGAAUGUCUUAUAUUCGAUGCAAAAUUGGCACAAUUGGUGAUGCUUCGGAUUAGUUUAGUUAUAUUUCUGUGCUUUUGAGCACAUCUACCUUGCCGAGUGAUCGAGUUUAAUGAGGUUUCGUACUGUUUUUUCCCAGUGUGCCUCAAGACAUAAUGUUUUGUCUUAGUCCAAGUUGUUUAAAAGUUUGCCAAUCUUCCCACUGACUGUAGUGCACCGUGUUUCCGUAUUUAGGUGUUAGAAUUUAAAAUUGCAAAUGGGAGGUGGAAAAGACAAGCAUGACGAGCAUGACAAAGGUCUGUUCUCUCAUGGACAGUACCCUGGACAAUACCCUCCUGGACAAUAUCCUCCUCCGCCUGGUGCGUAUCCUCCACCAGGUGGUUAUCCUCCAUCUCAUGGAUAUCCACCAUCUGGAUAUCCUCCUCAGGGAUACCCACCAUCAGGAGGGUACCCACCUUCUGGAUACCCUCCUCAAGGGUACCCCCCUGCAGGUUAUCCCGGUCCAUCUGCUCCACAUCAAUCAGGGCAUGGAGGUAUGGGAGCGCUGCUAGCUGGGGGUGCUGCAGCAGCAGCUGCUGCUUAUGGUGCUUCUCAUUUGGGACAUGGUGGACAUGGUGGUUAUGGACAUGGUCCUAUGGGAGGACAUGGUGGCUAUGCCCAUGGUGCUCACUAUGGUGGGCAUGGAAAAUUCAAGCAUGGAAAGCAUGGCAAGCAUGGUAUGUACGGCAUGCAUGGUAAAUUUGGCAAACACAAGAAGCAUGGUAUGUUUGGUGGAGGAAAGUUCAAGAAGUGGAAGUAAAUAGUUUUCAUGUAAAUGGGGCAAAUAGGUUCUCAACCUUCUGAUUGCCUUGAGGAUCUUAUAUUUUAGUAUUUUAUCAAUAAGUAGACAGAUUAUGUCCCUGCAAGCACGAUUCUAUGCAAGGCAUAUCUUACUUUCGUUUGUUAAAGUAAAUCAAGACGCUAUGUCAAUGUAACUAGUAAGCAGGUUGGGUUCCGGAUGAACAAUCUGAACACCGUCCACUCGUGUUUGAAUUUGACUUCCCUGACAGAGAGAAGCAUUGUCUUUAAAUUUGUAGUCUUCCCUUUGAUUGUCAAUAGUGUGUACUAUGUGGGAUCAGUUUGUUCACUUCCGCAUUUUGCUUGUUCUCAACUAGUUAGUAUUUUGACUUCGAAUGCAUAAAUUGUUCUCCCUCUCAUCUUAAUAUAAGCCACAAGGGUAUACUUGUAUUUACCCUCUAGAGUAUUAAGUAUAGAACCAAGGAUGGCUAUUUUCCUACAACAAUUUGUCGCAUCCAGUAUAUAUAUAUUUUUUUCAUUUUUUUCACAUUUCCCCUCGUCAAGUCAACUUUUUAAUUUUCCUCUCUCGGUUAUAUGCUUUAUAUAAUGCUUUAUAAUGUAAAAGUAAGAAAGUGAUUUUUGCAAAAUCAAAAAGCUC